UUUCAGGAUACAUACCAGUAGCUUUGGACUUCGUCAUAGUAUUGAAAAUUUCGGAGCGCAUAAAUAUUUACCCCUAUAGCAAGAAAUGCUCAAUAAUUACUUUUGGGAGGUUGCCAAACAAUGCAUGGUGGAUAUCUACAUGAUCACUAGCGAGCUUGAGAAGACACUGGAGGAAGAAGGAAAAGACAGCUGCUGCCGUUAGCUGCCACCGCGACGCUACGGCUGUUGCCAUCGGAGGAAGGAGAAGGAAACCAUGGCUAUCGCUACGGGUCUGUUUGGUUUCGAUAUAACUAAAAAAUCAGAUUAAAUGCGCAACGAGACCAAUGCAUUGAAUUUCUAAGCACUAAAAUCUUUAAGAACUUUCACUGCCAAGAAACAAUAAUGGCCGAGGUUGCAAUACUGUUAGCCAUUCAAAAGCUUGGUCUUGCAUUAGGCACAAAACUGCUGAACCAAGCUAGCUCUCUAUUUUCACAACAACUAGCAUCAUUGGCAGAGCUCCCUGGUCGUAUGGAAACCAUAAUGCGUGAACUCUGUGUGAUGCGUCAAUUCCUACUUUACAUCGAUAAGGUAGAUAGCAAAAAUCAAGUCCUAGAAGCAUGGAUAGAGGAGGUGCGAAAAGUCGCAUAUACUAUUGAGGAUAUUGUGGAUGAGUAUAUCUAUCUUAUAGAUCAAGAUAAACAACGACGAGGUGGACUAGUUGGUUAUAUGAAACAAGUGUCGCAGCAACCAGAGUCAUUUAAUAGUUUACCUCGUAUUGCCUCUCAAAUAAAACAAGUAGAGAAUGGCCUGGACCACCUUUCACGUUUAAAAGAUCGAUGGAUCAUUCAAACAACAAGUAUUUGGCAUAGUAGUAGUUCAGAUAAUGUGAGCGAAUGGACACAACAUCUUAUGGGAAGCUCUUCUCUUUCAAUGUGUGAGGAACAGCUUGUAGGGGUUGACGAAGACCGUCAUAUGUUAACUAAUUGGUUGAGGUCUGAGAAAUUGGAUCUCUGCAUAAUAACAGUGUGGGGUAUGGGCGGGCUCGGAAAAACUACUUUAGUCACCAAUGUUUAUAAAAGAGAGAGUAGAAACUUCGACUGCCGUGCCUGGAUUUCUAUAUCUCAAACUUUUAAAAUUGAAGAUCUUCGAAGAAAAAUAAUUACUGAACUUUUCGGCGACAAAAAGAAAAUUCCAAUUAACAUUGCCACCAUGGAUGUUAUAAAGCUAAAAGAGACACUAAGGGAAUUCUUGGAGCAAAAGAAGUAUCUAAUUGUACUAGAUGAUGUAUGGGAACCGCGAGCAUUUUAUGAAUUGCAAGAUUCUCUUGUCGAUAAUCAGAAAGGAAGUAGAAUAUUUAUUACAACCAGAAAUGCAGAAGUAGCAUCACUUGCGAACAAAAACUAUAAGCUUAAACUCGAACCUUUAUCCGAUCCUGAUGCAUGGAAACUUUUCUGCAAGAGAGCAUUUUGGAAUUAUGAAAAUCAAGAAUGUCCUCCGGAGUUAGAAAAAAGUGCAAGAGAUAUCGUGGACAAGUGCGAAGGGCUGCCACUAGCUAUUGUAUCACUAGGCAAUCUCCUGUCCUUAGGAAGAAAUAGUGAGACUGAACUGAAGCGAGUUUAUGAUCAGCUUAAUUGGGAGCUUGCAAACCGCCCAAUUCUCGAUCCCGUGAGAAACAUCUUGAAUUUGAGCUUCAACUAUCUUCCUAAAUAUCUAAGGAAUUGCAUCUUAUCUUGCAGCAUGUUCCCAGAGGAUUUCCUUCUUAAAAGAAAAAGGCUUAUCAGGCUAUGGAUAGCAGAGGGUUUUGCAGUAGAAAGAGGAUCAAGAACGGCUGAGGAAGUUGCAGAAGGAUAUCUUGUGGAGCUUAUCCAUCGGAACAUGCUGCAAGUAGAAGAGCGGAACCACUUUGGUAGGGUAAAGUAUUGUCGGAUGCACGAUCUCGUGCGCGAGUUCGCUGUCUCUUUAUCUAAAAAGGAGAAGUUCCAUGUUAUUUAUGAGGAUAAUGAGAUGGAAAGGAUGGUGGGUGCUAAUGCGCGUCGCCUUUCUGUUCUCAAAUACAGCAAUGAUAUUGGAUUCAACAUUGAUCUACAAUGGCUGCGAACCUUUGUAGCAUUCAACACUACUAUGCCCGCAUCCUCAUUUACACCUGUGUUUCCAUCCAAAUCAAGGUAUAUUGCAAUUCUUGAAUUGCAAGGCCUGCCAAUUGAGGAGAUACCUAAUGCUAUUGGAGACUUAUUCAAUUUGCGAUACUUGGGUUUAAGGCGUACAAAGGUAAAGUUACUACCGAAAUCCAUUGGCAAGCUUUCCAACUUGUUGAUCUUGGACCUCUAUGAAUCAGCCAUACAAAAGCUGCCUUGUGAGAUCACGAAUCUCAAGAAGUUGCGGCACAUGUUUGUUGAGAGGGAAAACGAUCCAACCGGAAAAGCCUUUCGCUGGGGUAGUGGUGUACGUGCACCAAAGGGUUUGUGGAAUUUAAAAGAAUUGCAAACGUUGCAGGCGGUUGAAGCAAGUAGUGAGUUGGUUGGGCGACUAGGAAAUUUGACCAACCUAAGAAGCUUUAGAAUAUGGAAUGUAAAGGAAACCUACUCUAAACAACUGUGUGCAUCAUUAUCACAGAUGCGUAGUCUUUCCUACUUAAGCAUUAAUGCAAGUGAUGAAAAUGAGAAACUCAAUUUGGAAGGCCUGAAGCACCCUCUCCCGAAUCUUAAAAAGCUUACUCUAACAGGUAGAUUGGCAGCAGAAACGUUGACGUUUCCUUUGUUCCGAGAUCUCCGACAAUUAUGUCUAUCUUGGUGUCAGCUAACUGCGGAUCCACUUCCGUCGCUCGCUCAGUUAUCAAACCUCACUUUCCUACAACUUGAAAGGGCAUACAAUGGAGAACAGUUGUGCUUUUGUGUUCAAUGGUUCCCUAAUUUGAAGCGGCUUGACUUGAUUGACUUGCCGCAACUCCAACGAGUGAAGAUAGAGAUGACAGCCAUGUCAAACUUGGAAACUCUAUAUUUGAGAUACCUCAAAAACCUAACAGAGGUCCCAGAAGGCAUUGAAUUCCUCACAUCGUUGUGGGAGCUAUAUUUCUAUGAUAUGGAACCUCAAUUGACCAGUGGUUUAGAAGAAAACGACAAACUUCGACACAUCAGCUUCAUCUAUACUGACUAGGAAGCACUUGAAGUGCCUUCUUUUCGCCUGGAUUCACUCACAAAUUCAGGUGAUCCUCUCCAUAGUUUCAAGCCACCGUAUGCAGUACUUCUCAGUGUCUGCCAAUUAUGUCAUCAUUUGCAUAAGCACUAUUAUUUGUUUGUCCUCUAGAUUGUUCCUGUAAACUCCGAUGGUGUUGUCAUAUGUAUUUUCUAUUUUAGUUUAGUUCUUUCAAUCGCGUACUCUGUGUGUUGUUUUGCAAUGUAAUGUACAACGAAUGAUAUGUAGUAAUAUCCGAUGAGACUUAUUCUGUAAGAAAAUAUUAUUGAUAAUAAUGUGCCAUUUUGUUGAAACA